UCGUAGUCUCUGGAGCCACUUCCGCGCCGGAGUUCCGCGUGUUCGGCAGUUUGGACCAUCCAGCACCGCGUUCUACUCAGGAGAAGCCGACCCUCCCGCCUCGCCUGGACCCCGCGAUGCCCGCCCCGCAGUGCGCCUCCUGCCACAAGGCGCGAGCCGCCCUCCGCCGUCCGCGCUCGGGCCAGGCGCUGUGCACCACCUGCUUCUGCGCCGCCUUCGAGGCCGAGGUGCUGCACACGGUGGUCGCGGGCCGCCUGCUGCCGCCCGGCGCCGUGGUGGCCGUGGGCGCCUCGGGCGGCAAGGACUCCACUGUGCUGGCGCACGUGCUGCGCGAGCUGGCCCCGCGCCUGGGCAUCUCGCUGCACCUCGUGGCCGUGGACGAGGGCAUCGGCGGCUACCGGGACGCGGCGCUGGCGGCCGUGCGGCGGCAAGCAGCACGCUGGGAGCUCCCGCUCACCGUCGUGGCCUACGCAGAGCUCUUCGGGGGCUGGACGAUGGACGCCGUGGCCCGCAGCACGGCCGGCUCCGGCCGCAGCCGCUCCUGUUGCACCUUCUGCGGGGUGCUGCGACGCCGGGCGCUGGAGGAAGGGGCGCGCCGCGUGGGAGCCACGCACGUCGUGACGGGACACAACGCCGACGACAUGGCGGAGACGGUGCUCAUGAACUUCCUGCGGGGCGACGCGGGCCGGCUGGCGCGCGGCGGGGGCCUGGGCUCUCCGGGCGAGGGGGGCGCCCUGCCGCGCUGCCGCCCGCUGCAGCUGGCCUCGCAGAAGGAGGUGGUGCUGUACGCGCACUUCCGCCGCCUGGACUACUUCUCCGAGGAGUGCGUGUACGCGCCCGAGGCCUUCCGCGGCCACGCGCGCGACCUGCUCAAGCUGCUGGAGGCGGCGCGGCCGUCGGCGGUGCUGGACCUCGUGCACUCGGCCGAGCGCCUGGCGCUGGCCCCGGCCGCGCGGCCCCCGCCCCCCGGCGCCUGCUCCCGCUGCGGGGCGCUGGCCAGCCGCGCGCUCUGCCAGGCCUGCGCCCUCCUGGAAGGCCUGAACCGCGGCCGGCCCCGCCUGGCCAUCGGCAAGGGCCGCCGGGGGCUGGACGAGGAGGGGUCGCCGCGGGAGCCACAGCCGUCCGGACCCCCGACUUCAGAGCCCAUCCCCGGCUUCUAGAGACUCCAGUUCUCCGCUGGGAUCCGACGACGUGGGAGUGCGGGGCCGCCUGUAAAUGACACUGUGAAGGAACCCGAGUUACCUUAGCCCGGGCUUCGGUGUGAGGUUGGGAAGGGGUCGGAACCUCUUACCUGUGGUCCUGCAGAAGCUGGGGCUCUGGGCUCCUGGGGCUGCGGAGGACUCCUGGGUGUCUGGGGGACCCCUGGGCCUCAGAGAGGAGAGAGCUGUACAACUUUGCAUUCCUGAGCGAGUGGGAAUUAGGGGGCCGCUUGCCUGUACCUCUGUGGGGCUCUGGGCGUGCUCAGAUAGUCCUGACCCUUCUUGAGCGCCUACUGUGUGCCUCAUGUUUCAUGUUUGCCUGCAGUGGGAUAAGCAAAACCAUGUAACGUGAUGGGCACGUCAGUUACAGCAAUCGUGAUGCUUCUGUGUGAGCGCUGUGUACAGGGCAGGCGCUGGAUCAUCUCAUUUCAUCCUCACCACUAUCUCAUUGGCUGUAGCCUGAGCCCCAUAACUGGCCUGAGGUCACCUCGCUGGAGCCCCAACUGGGGGCUCACACCCAGGUCUGCCUGGGGCUCCUCAAGACGGUGUAUUUAGCCCUUACCCCCACUCUCCCCGCCCACCACCACCUGAGUCUCUGUGUGAUGGGUGGGGAGCCGCUGGGUGAGCUCCCCAGACCUCAGAUUUCUGGAGGCAGAGCUGGGUGAACCUGGGUCAGUGACUUAACCUCUCUGGUCUUCCAUUUCCUCCUCUGAGAAUGGAAUCAAAGCCUCCUAGCAAAGCACUGUUGUGAGUAUUUGAUAA